AUGGACGUACCUGGAAUUGCCCUUGUCACAGGAGCCGCCUCAGGCAUUGGCCGCGCCUGCGCAAAGACAUUCGCCAGAGAUGGCGCCUCAGGAAUCGCCCUGCUCGACCUGAACCCCGAAGCCCUAAACGCCGUCAAAGCCGAGAUCGAAGAACAACAACGCAGACAAGGAUCAAAGCCGUGUCAAGUCAUCGCAUACCCCACCAAUAUAACAGACGAGCACCGCGUCAAUGAAGUCGUCCAAGAAGUCGCGAGGACAUUCGGCCGACUCGACUACGUCGUCAACGCAGCCGGAAUCGCAAUGAAGCACGCAGGCGGAGCUGCAUUCUGCGAAACAUCGGAUUGGGAGCGCAUCUUGAACGUCAACCUCACAGGCACAUUUUUCGUUCUGCGCGCUGCUGCCAAGAUCAUGUUGAAGCAGGAGCCUAUCCUGUCCUCGAUUGAUGCCAGGCCACUACAGCGUGGCUCAAUUGUCAACUUCUCGUCUAUUCAGGGUGUUGCUGGUAUUGCGUUGUCGACUGCGUAUACUGCGACCAAGCAUGCCGUUAUUGGAUUGACGAGGACUGCAUCUGAGGAUUAUGCUAAGGAUGGCCUGCGCAUCAAUGCUAUCUGUCCUGGAUAUACGGAGACCCCGUUGACGACCAAGUCGCCUCAGAUCCUGGCGGCUAUGCAAGAAAAGGUUGCUAAUGCGGUUCCAAUGGAGCGUAUGGGCAAGCCGGAGGAGAUUGCCGAUGGUGUUGUUUACUUGAGUGGUGGUCGGGCUUCUUUUGUUACUGGGACGGCUUUAUUCGUGGAUGGCGGGUACACCCAGCGAUGA